CGAGGAAAAGGCAAAAGAGAAUGAAGGAAAAAACAUGACGAGAGCACAAAGGAAUCAAAGGGUUAGAAUGGAAAAAAGUGGAGUUUUGACGAUGAGUGCAUUUUUGGUCGAUAGUGCACUUUCAAAGGAGGAUUCUAGAAGACUAGAAUGUGAGUAUGAUCUAUUUGGGCAUGAUAGUUACAUGUACUUAAAUUGUGAUGAUUUUGAAGCGGUUUUUACAUUCACCGAGCUGACUAGUGCUGUCAUCACUUCUUAUAUAAUGUUUCUGUAUGAGCAAAUUAAGAAAGAGCAAAUACAUGAUCGUGGAAUAUGUUUUAUGAACCCGUCUGUAAUUUCGCGGGCUGAUCAACGUAAACCCAAACCUAAACACAUCGAGGAUGCAAGUAGAGCGGUUGCAGAUCGAUUGUAUAAAAGAAAGGGCAAUGACAUCAUCCUAUUGCCCUACAACCCCGGAAACCAUUGGGUGUUGGCGGUACUAAACCUGAAAACAACUACUUGCUAUUAUCUUGAUUCCUUACGGCCUAGAAGUGUCGAUGAGCAGUUGAGGCAAAUUAUUGAUACGGCAAUGGCCGUGUAUGCUUCAGAAAGUGGUGCCAACAUAAGGGUUAAACUCGUAUGGAUUAACGCUAGGUGUCCACGUCAGCCAGGAGGUACUGAAUGCGGCUACUAUGUGAUGAAGUUCAUGAAGGAGAUAGCUUACGAAGGAGUUGAAAUACUUGACAAUGAUAAUGUUGGGAAAGGAGUAGAAGAAUACUCGGCUGCGGAUAUGGAUGGCAUUCGGGAAGAUUGGUCGACUUAUGCGGUUAACUCUAUUUUUAAGUUGUAAAUCGUAUUUUAGGUGUUCAUAAUGUAUUGACAAACAAUUCUUUUUUUUUUGUUAAUAUUAAAAUAUUUGUAGUAUACUUGACAAAUGAUUAUGUAAUGGAUUGUUUUGAUA